AUGGCACAAACUGGACUUAUGAUUUUUCUACUCAUAAGCUUACUACUGCUGGAUCAGACUGUCAGCCAGGCUUCCAAAUUCAAAGCCAAGAAGCACAGCAAACGCAGAGUGAAAGAAAAAGAUGACCUGAAGACCCAGAUUGACAAACUGUGGCGAGAAGUAAAUGCUCUGAAGGAAAUACAAGCACUCCAGACAGUGUGUCUUCGUGGGACCAAGGCCCACAAGAAGUGCUAUCUCAUGUCAGAAGGCACCAAACAUUUCCAUGAAGCCAAUGAAGACUGCAUAGCCAAGGGGGGGACAUUGGCUAUCCCGAGGAAUAACGAGGAGACAAACAUCCUUCGGGAUUAUGGCAAGAAAAGUGUGCCCGGAGUGUCUGAGUUCUGGCUGGGUGUCACUGACAUGGUCAAUGAAGGCAGGUUUGUUGAUGUCAAUGGCAUGGCUCUGCAGUACUUCAACUGGGACCGUGCCCAGCCCAACGGGGGGAAACGUGAAAACUGUGUCUUUUUGUCUCAGUCAUCCCAGGGCAAGUGGGUGGAUGAAGUCUGCCGCACUGCCAAGAGAUACGUUUGUGAAUUCCUGAUCCCAUAA